CUCAUGUGAUGAUCACAACACUGUGAGGACGGUCGGCAAGGGGACUGAGGCGGAGUGAUAGGCGGUGUGCCCAGGGCCCCGUGCUGUGCAGGUGGCGCCUCUGCUGUUUGAACCAAGAACCAGCUCACCUUCCUGGGCUUGAGAGAGUGAACAAGCAACGCCUGGCCUCAUCUGAACCCUGCAGAUGUUUUUUGCCCUAGAAGUUUCGAAUUUCAACAAGAGAACUAUUCUGAAUGAUGGUGUGGAGGGGGAAGUGAACGUACAGAAACCUCAUCUGGUAAUGGAAGCCCAACGUGACACCCUUGAUUGUGUCCUGACUCUGGUUCUUUCCGGGUCACCAGCUGCCCUGCCUUGACGGUCUGCCCUUCAGCCGUCACACCAAGGAGGGCUCAGGGGACUAAGGAGCAGGUGAUGAGUGACUCAUAGCGGGAGGAGAGCCGAGAGGUGGAACUUGUGUGUCCCCAGGCUGUGGUCCCCAGGGAGAAAAUCAGAAUGGACCUCAGUAACAGACACAUACUUUAAUUCAAGCUGCACCCCUCACCAGCUGUGUGACCCCAGGCAAACCGCUCAAACCCACCUGAGUGCUGAUGUCAUCAUUAGUAGGAGUUUCGUGAUCGACAUGGGAGACUCCAACGUGGGUGCUGGCGCCACCGCCUCUGAGAUGGUGGCUGAAGAGGUGUCCCUUUUCAGCAUGACGGACAUGGUCCUGUUUUCUCUCAUUGUGGGUCUCCUGACAUACUGGUUCCUCUUCAGGAAGAAGAAAGACGAAGUCCCUGAGUUCACCAGAAUUCAGACCACGACCUCCUCUGUCAAAGACAGCAGCUUUGUGGAAAAGAUGAAGAAGACGGGCAGGAAUAUCAUCGUGUUCUACGGCUCCCAGACGGGGACCGCUGAGGAGUUUGCCAACCGCUUGUCCAAGGACGCGCACCGCUACGGGAUGCGGGGCAUGGCAGCAGACCCCGAGGAGUAUGACCUGGCUGACCUGAGCAGCCUGCCAGAGAUCGAGAACGCCCUGGCAGUGUUCUGCAUGGCCACCUACGGCGAGGGGGACCCCACCGACAACGCCCAGGACUUCUACGACUGGCUCCAGGAGACGGACGUGGACCUCUCUGGGGUCAAGUAUGCGGUGUUUGGCCUCGGGAACAAGACCUACGAGCACUUCAAUGCCAUGGGCAAGUACGUGGACAAGAGGCUGGAGCAGCUCGGCGCCCAGCGGAUCUUUGAUCUGGGACUGGGCGAUGACGACGGGAACCUGGAGGAGGACUUCAUCACGUGGCGAGAGCAGUUCUGGCCAGCAGUGUGCGAGCACUUCGGGGUGGAAGCCACGGGAGAGGAGUCCAGCAUUCGCCAGUAUGAGCUUGUGGUCCACACAGACAUAGAUGUGGCCAAGGUGUAUGUGGGCGAGGUGGGCCGUCUGAAGAGCUACGAGAACCAGAAACCUCCCUUCGACGCCAAGAACCCAUUCCUGGCUGUCGUCACCACCAACCGGAAGCUGAACCAGGGAACCGAGCGACACCUCAUGCACCUGGAAUUAGACAUCUCAGACUCCAAAAUCAGGUAUGAAUCUGGGGACCACGUGGCUGUUUACCCGGCCAAUGACUCUGCCCUGGUCAACCAGCUUGGCGAGAUCCUGGGUGCCGACCUGGAUGUCAUCAUGUCCCUGAACAACCUUGAUGAGGAGUCCAACAAGAAGCACCCAUUCCCCUGCCCCACCUCCUACCGUACGGCCCUCACUUACUACCUGGACAUCACCAACCCGCCGCGCACCAAUGUGCUCUAUGAGCUGGCGCAGUAUGCUGCAGAGCCCUCGGAGCAGGAGCAGCUGCGCAGGAUGGCCUCCUCCUCGGGCGAGGGCAAGGAGCUGUACCUGAGCUGGGUGGUAGAGGCUCGGAGGCACAUCCUGGCCAUCCUGCAGGACUACCCGUCCCUGCGGCCCCCCAUCGACCACCUGUGCGAGCUGCUGCCUCGUCUCCAGGCCCGCUACUACUCCAUCGCCUCGUCCUCCAAGGUCCACCCCAACUCUGUGCACAUCUGUGCUGUGGCCGUGGAGUAUGAAACCAAGACUGGCCGCGUCAACAAGGGCGUGGCCACCAGCUGGCUGCGGGCCAAGGAGCCGGCCGGGGAGAAUGGCCACCGGGCGCUGGUGCCCAUGUUUGUGCGCAAGUCCCAGUUCCGCCUGCCCUUCAAGGCCACCACGCCUGUCAUCAUGGUGGGCCCCGGCACCGGGGUUGCCCCCUUCAUAGGCUUCAUCCAGGAGCGGGCCUGGCUGAGGCAGCAGGGCAAGGAGGUGGGGGAGACGCUGCUCUACUAUGGCUGCCGCCGCUCUGAUGAAGACUUCCUGUACCGCGAGGAGCUGGCCACGUUCCACAGAGACGGCGUCCUCACCCAGCUCAACGUGGCCUUCUCCCGGGAGCAGCCCCAGAAGGUGUAUGUGCAGCACUUACUGAAGAAGGACAAGGCGCACCUGUGGAAGCUGAUCCAUGACGGGGGCGCCCACAUCUACGUCUGCGGGGAUGCUCGGAACAUGGCGAGGGACGUGCAGAACACCUUCUACGACAUCGUGGCCGAGCAGGGGGCCGUGGAGCACGCCCAGGCCGUGGACUACGUCAAGAAGCUGAUGACCAAGGGCCGCUACUCCUUGGACGUGUGGAGCUAGGAGUCACCCGGCCCCGCCCUGCUCUGCCCCUCGCAGCCCACAGACUUGCUUCCCCAUGUAAUCGCUCUCCUCACUCCCUUCUGCCAGUCUCGUGGGUGGAUUCUGCUGGGCCCUGCCACAGGAGGCAGGCCCAGGGACAGAGACGGCGUCAGGCCUGAGAUGUGCCCUCCGGACGCGCCAGCCCCAGGGGCGUGCCCAAGGGGGACCGGGCAGAUGCUUUGUGAAGACCUCGGACCCUCGGUGGCUGAACAGAAGGGCUCCUCCUCUCAGCUGAGUGGGGCCUGGCCCCUCCCCGUGAUUUUCAAUAAGUGUAAAUAAUUUUAAAUAACCUCUGGCCCUUGGAAUAAAGUUCUGUUUUCUGUA